AUGUCUGACGAGGCUGCUAUUACUCUCUUUGUGGCUCGGUCUUCAUCUAUGCAUGGAAAUACUGCCGAUGGGACUCGAGAGCGGCUGAAGGAGAUUUGCCCACGUCGCCCACAGCACCUAGCCCUGGACUCGGGGGAUAGCCCACCUCCAGCGAAAAAAGCUAAGAAAAGUCGAGGACCUAAGCGUACGGCACCUUCUGUUGCAGAUACCACCUCUGAUGGAGGUCUUCUUCUUUAUAAUUCCGUGACCCCUGAGAUCGCUAUGGGACUUCCAUCCCUCGACGAGGCCAGCCCUGUUGAAGAUCCUUUUAAGGGUGAGAUUUAUUGUAGAUGGACGGGUUGCGCAAAUCGAAAGAAGCCCUAUGCUGAGUCCUCGAAGCUGAUUGUCCAUUAUAUAGAAAUGCUUCAAUUGACCUGA